AUGUCGAACAGCAAUCAAUAAGAUGAAUCAUAUGAUGAAGAGCAAGAAGAUGAAGAAAUUGAGACUGUUCAGGAAAAUGGUUUAAAAUAGUUAUUCAAAAAUCAAGGUAUAUUAUGUUAAAUUAACUUAAAAUUAGAGUAAUUCAUGUAAUAAAUCAAUUAUCUUAAUGAACAAGCUGUACUAAAAAUUAAACUUUAAAAGUUCAAAGAAGCCAUGAAGUUACUUUAAUAAUCAGAAUAAAUGUUAGAAGUAUUUUAUGAUUUAUAUCCAUAGUAUGCAGCAAGUUGUGGCAAACAAAUAGAUAAAAACUUAAUUAUAGUUGUUCUCUAUAAUCAAGCCUGUGGAUAUUAAUGGUACAACUAAUAAACUUAUAAUCAUAGUUAAUGGGUUUUGGACAAAUGUUCUAAAUAUUUAUCUGGAGUGAUUUAUAAUAUGGAAGAAAGCAUGAAAGAAGAUGAAUAAGAUACAAACAAGCUAACAAGCACCUAAGAAUGUGAUGCUUCUUUAGUCAAAAAGAAAGCCUUUUUAGCAAGAACACUGUUAUAACAUACAGCCAUUUUAAGUCAAUUAGGAAAGUAUAAAUUAACAUAAAUUUAGACAUAAAUUAGCAUUACAGUCAGCCAAAAAGGCAGCUAGUACAAUGAGAGAUGUUUUUAAAAUAGCCUAUCAAUUUUGUAAGGAUUGGCUAAAUAAAAAUGGAUCUUUAGGAUCUGCAACAACAGCCAAUUCUAGUUUAACAAUGAAGUCAAAAUAAAAAAAUAAUAAAUUCUAAAUGAAAGAUGAAGUAGAAUUUAGUAGACUAGUUAUUGAUGCCAGUAAAGAUAUUCUAUAAGAUAUGUCUAAAUAAUAAGAUUUAGAUAACAUAUCAAAUAAUGAAUAGUUAAUUUUAAGAGAAGCUAAAAAAUAAUUAUAUUUCUGGAGAAACAAUCCUGAAAAUAAUGAAAAGCAUAUCCGUAAAGAAUUAAAAUUAGAUCAAAAAGAAGAAGAUUAUCGUUCUAUUUUAGGAGUUUAAAAUGUACAAGAAUGGAUUUAAACAUUUAAUAUAGGUUUCAUUAUGCAUAUGACUCCAUAAAUAUAUGAGGAUUUCUCAUUAUAAGGAGAAAUGCUUUAUGAAAUAUCUAAGAGAUUAUUAUUGGAGAAAAUUAUCUAUUUAUCAAUAUCUUAUUUCACUAUUGCAACAGAAUUAAGAUUUAUUGAAUUAGACAAAGCUAAAUAAUAAGGAAUCAAAGAUAUUAAUACUGAUGAGUUUAAAUUGAGUGAAUUAUAUCAUCUUAAAGCAGUUGAAAUUGCUUGUAAAAAUAUUACUUGUUCAUCUCCUUAUAUUAAUCAUUUAAUUACUAGUUAUCAUAAACAUUACAAUUCUAAUUUAGAUACAAUACAAGAAGAAUCUAUGAUGUCAAUGGUAUCUGAAGUUAAUUAUAAAGAAUAAAAAUUAUAAAAAUUAAAAUAAAUGCAAAUUUAAACUCAAAGAGAAAAUCAAACUAUACUCAAAAAUUUAGCUGAAAUAAAAUUAAAUGAUUCAUCUCCUACUGGAAAAUUAAUUAAUUCUUUUUUGAAUUAAUAAUCUCCUUUAAAAACUAAUAGAAAUAUUAGUGAUAAUAUAAAACCAUAGACAAAUUUGAUGGAAUAAAUGAUCAUUAAUAAAAAAAGAUAAUAAAUGCCAUCAGAUAUGUCUCCUAAAUAAAAAAUAUAGUUUUUCAAUGCCUCUUCUAAUAAUAGUUGUGAAAGAAUAGAUGAAAAACUUUUAAAAGAGACUUUCCCUAUUUAAUUGUAACCUUAUAAAUCAGCUAAAACAACAUUUAAUAGUCUUAUUAAGUAAACAUAAAAUACUUAACCAUCCUCAAAUCAAAAUAAUAAUGGCAUUUUAAAAACUUUCUUUUUUGAUAAUUGCAGAACUGAGAGAAUAAAUUCCAGUUCAAAUUAAUCACCUAAAAGAGUAGGUAGAUCUCCUGAUAAGUCUCCAGAACGAUUUCAAAAUUCCUUAAAACCUAGAACUUCUUUUAUGACAAAUAAAAGUCCUCAAACAAGGCCUAGAACAGAUACGGAAUAAUGUAUAUUUUAUAUUAUUAUAUUUGAAUAGAAUGUCAUAUUAAGUUUGAAACUAUUUAAUAGUUAUUAAGAGGUUAAUCUGGUACUAAUUUAAAAAGAAAAUGA